UCGAAAUGGGAGUCGAGUUAUCGUUGGAUCCGCCAGUCUGCCCAAUCCAAGCCAAUGGUGGUGUUUCUACGCACAAGAUCAUUAAUCACUGCGACAAAAUGUUGGCCUAUAAGAUAAAAUCUUCCAAUAACUCCAACUACAGUGUCAACACUAUCUUUGGACUUAUUCAGAUUGGGUAUACCGCUGAUCUGAUCAUCACUAGAAAGCCAGGAAAGCCGCAGGCCGACAAGCUUGUUAUCCAAUUCGCUGCCGUUGAGCAGACUUGCCGUGAUGGCUGUAUUUGCCAAGGCUGUAUUUGCCAAUGGACUGCCAACUGGAGAGUGCUGUGGAGAGACGAUCAUCAAGCUGUCAGCUGCUGAAUAGAAGAAUUAUCACAAUAAGAUUUGUGAUUAUGAAAACUUCUCUGAAAAUUAUGUAUUGUGUGUAUAAAUAAAGUUGAAAGGGG